AUGGCACAGGCUAACCAAGUUCAGCCACACUGGUUCCCAAAGCAUCCAGGCAAGGCCUGGGCAGAGAAGUUCUUCCUCAUCUACAGUCCAAUCUGGAUUACACUCUUCAUCAUCGUCGUGGUCACCGAGGCUUACAAAAUGUUUUAUGAUGUAGAGUUCUUCAUCUUGGGUCUCGUGGUGUCUUUGCCAUGCGUAGUCUACCCUGCUCUGUUCCCAUGCAGUGCUGAUCGUGACAAGCCAUGGUAUGAGCGCUACUGGGUCAAGGCCAACCUGUGGCUGGCCCUGUUUGGCUUUGUCGGCAACUACUUCUGGACACACUACUUCUUCAUUCUCUUGCGCGCCACCUAUCGUUUCCCAGUCAACUUCCGCUUGAACGAGAUCCCUGUGUUCCUGUUCUUUGUGACACACGCCUACUUUGUGUCGUACCACGCCGCCACCACACCAAUCCUGCGUCGCUUCUGGUCGUCCUACCCACCAACUCCCGCUGGCCAGCGUCACCCUAUGGGUAAGAUCGUCGGCUCUGUGCUCCUCGUCUGCGCCAUGGCCUACUUCACUGCGUUCAUGGAGGCAUGGACUCUCGAGAAGGUGCCUUACUACCACAUUGACAACCGUGAGCAGAUGUACACGGUGGGCUCCACAUUCUACAUGAUCUACUUUGUGAUCUCCUUCCCAAUGUUCACUCGUAUCGACGAGACCAACGACGGUCAGAAGUGGACAUUGACCAGAACAGCAUUGGAGUCACUGGCAUCUGCCAUGAUCGUCUUUAUCCUCUGCGACUUUUGGAGAUUGAUCGUUGGUGGUCUCACAGGAGAUCCAGCCGCCAUCAUCAAGCCAUUCCUUGGUACACAUGCAGUCUAA